AUGACGAGCUCAGAGUCGGAAGAACAACCGCAGACAUCGCGAAAGCGCUCGCGCAGGAGUAAUAGUGGCGAUGACGGUGGUGCUGGAGGAAAGAAGGCUAGGGGACGGCCCCGGGUAGAUACGCAGGAUGCCACAGCCGCAGAUAGACGAAGAACUCAAAUCCGUCUUGCUCAGCGAGCUUAUCGCCAACGGAAAGAGACAACGAUCUCAUCUCUGAAAAACCAAAGCGCACAGCUUCAUUCCAUCAUCGAGCAGAUGAACAAGACUUUUCUAAAGCUGAAUGAGUCAACCGUGAAGUCAGGUUUGUUGCAACUGAAUCCGACAUUGGCUCAGGAGUUCAAGCUGGUGACGGAGACAUUUGCGAACUUGGUUAAGACAGCCAGCGAGGGUCAGUAUGAGGGAGACGAAGAUGGCGAACAAGGGGAUCAGGGAGCUGCUGAACGCAGUGGUGCACAAAGACCAGUCGAGCCGGAAGUCGAAACUCAACACGUUGGAUGGGGCUAUUCCACAAACUCGAAGCCAGAUGUUCAGAAGCGCCCGCAACAACAGCAACAACAACAACAACAACUAUCAACCCCGGAUAGCUACCUCGCACAUAUCAGUGCUGCCUAUGGUACUGUAGACACCAGCAGGAACGAUCUAGUGCCAUGCCGUGCGUUUCCAAUUGGCGCUGUUUUUGAUCAAUCGAGCCGAUCUUCACAGCCCCCAGGAGAUCCACCGUCUUCGCAUACCUCGUCGCAAUCAGCACAGCUUCCCUUUGGUCUUGUAGACUUACUCAGCCAACAGCAAGCACCCUUCGCAUCAUCAAACCCGCACAUCUACUCCGUUCGUAUACCGACGCCUGACGUUACUCCACCAAUAAACAGGCUUCCAACACCUCCUACAACGAAAGUCCCGACGAAGACACUUCAACCGGUGACAACAUAUAGUUUCGAAGAGACUACAUUUGCUAGGAGACUAUCCAGGGCGGCGCUUGAGACGGGGUUCCAUUUGCUGAGUCGUGCCAACGAUCGUCCUACGGCGAUAGAUCGCGUCUUCAAACUCUCUCUACCCCACCAAACUCUCGAUCAAAUACGGAGCCGCUUCCGGACUAUUAUGUCCCGUUCUAUUGAUGAAGACCUGGACUGGUGGGAAUCGCCUUUCAUCCAUCUCGGCGGCGCAGGAACUCACUAUCCGCGACGUGAUGCUGCGGGCAAUAUAACACAUGUUAGGAAUGGGUGGAACAUGCGGCAAAUUGGACCACCAGAGAAGAGAGUACAUAUAAUAGAGAACACAGAAGACGGCAGGAGUGAGGAGUUGGGUGAUUUGGAUCUCAGUGGAUUUGAGGGAGAGUGGUUCGACUGCCAUGAUGUGCAAGGGUAUUUGGAGGAUAAAUACGCGUGCAAGCUCGAUCCGAGAAGUUCAUUCGCGGAAUGUGUUAUCGACGAAGAGGACGAAGGAGCGCCCGAAGUUCAUAGCAGUGCUCUACGACCACGUCCAAGCAUACCAACGGAGCUGCCUCGUCUCAACAAUAGUUCUACCAACCCAGCGACAACUUCGUCAAACACUUCGACAAAUCGACCUGGUCAGCCUUACAACAUGGCAGACAAUGGAGCCUUCGGUCUAGACAUGUCAUUCGGUCACACUAGCGACUUUCCCAGGCUCAUCAAUUACGAUAUAUCUUACGAUCAAACACUAGGAUUAGAUCUCGCCCCUGGAUACAAUUAUGAUUUCUCGCAUUCCGAUGGCUUUCACAUAGGCGGCAUGGAUUUGGGCAUGGAUAUCAUGAACGACGUGACUGCGGCUUUGCCAGUGGUGAGGCAGAAGCGGAGAAAAACUGGCUGGGUCGACGUCUCAAGACUUAUCGAUGAGAUCAUUGUACGUGGCGUUUGCCUGGGGCGGUCGCCGGGAUACAGGCGUAAAGAUGUAGAUUUAGCGGUGCGAAAGUCUCUGGUGCAUGAGCAUUGA